AUGCGUAACACUCUUCUAGGGCACGGGCACUCUUAUGUUCCAAGUGUCCUCAUCUCAACAAUUAAACCUGGCUUUGGUUCGGAUGUCUAUUUGAAACGUAGCGGUGUGCUUGCUGCAUAUGCAGUCGUACCGGGUAACAAUGCUGUCCUGAAACCGAACAAAAUUUCGCUCGAAGGUGCUGGAGGAGUUGGGACUUCAGGAGUUACUGCUAUGCAAUUUAUGGAAGUGACGAACAUGGCGCACGGCCAUCGAGUCUUGAAUACGGGUUCAGGAUCGCUUGUGGUUCAGGCUGCGAGAGCGACUAUCGGUGACGGGGGAUUUGUCGUUGAGCCAUGCUCCAGUGUCAACGAGAAGAACAAGAUUAGUGUCAUCGACUAUAAACAGUUCCCAGUUGUUCAUGACGCGAUCAUCGACAUCGUCGGAAAACGACCCUCUCCUCUUCCCAAAAAAUCCCUGACGUAUCUCAAUCUAAACGUCAUCUUCAUCCCUGGCGGCGACAUGCCAAUCAUUCACGAUGAGAGCGGCCUCUUCGAUGUUAUCCGUUGGCAAAUUGGCAUCAAGCUUGCGCAAUGGUGGCCGGUGAUCCUUGGCGGUGUACCACGAAAGUCUGCAGGAAUUGACGACUUAUGA